UCAUUGUUAUGUCAAAUGAACAAUUUAGAUAUCUAGUGUGUUGUGUGCUGAUUUUUUAUUAUCACAUUUUCUAAAAAAUUGAUGUUUAUUAUUUCAAAUUCUUGUAAAAUAUAGUGUGCAAAAAAUGUUACGCUACGUACUGGCAUUAUUAAUAAUCAACUCGUACUCGGGUAGUUUGGGUGCACCACAUAAUAACUCUUUGUCUGCUUUGCUCGACGCACUUUCAAAACGUUGUGAAAAUCAUUUCGUGGUAGCACAAAUAGAAAAUCAAAUCCAAGAAUGUAAUGAUUCGAAUCAUAAUAUGAAAAGAAAAUUCGAAUGUUUAAUAUUCUAUGAUAUAAAUAAUCAAUUGUGCACUGCAAUUUCUCAGUCCAAGAUAAACAUUUCCGAGGAUUAUGCGGAGAAAGUAAACAAAAAAUAUAAUGUCAAAAAUCUUUGCGAAUCUGCUAAAAGAUGGACGUUUUCAAAAUUAUCUGAUAAAUAUUUAACAGAUGUAAAACUAGUUUUCCAAAAUCCCAUGAAAUGUGCUGCUGUAUGCGAAGUUGAAGAUUUUAGCAGCGAUGACUCAAUUUUCUAUUGUAAAUAUUAUAAUUGGGGCUGGGAAAUAUUAAAUCCUCAGGUUACUCCUACAGCACAAGUGAACAAUGUGAUUAAACCUGUUGUGGGUGAUACAUCAGCUACUGGUCUUAAACUAGAUGAGACACAUGUCAACAAUACUGAUGCUCAAGUUAAAGAUAUAACAUCGAGCACGAAAACAAGUGAAACAAAAACUGAAUUAACCCCAGACAAACAAAAUUCCAUAAAAACAGAUGAAGCUGUGAAAGAUGCCAAUACAGAUUAUAUUAGUCAUAUACCUACUGUGAAAACUCAAGUACUUGAUGAUAUAUCUCAUAUACCAGAGAAAGCAGAUCAAAUUGAAGACAUACAAGUUGUAGCGGAUAAUAAAAAAAGUGAUGAAAAAAGUACUAAAAGUAUUGCUGAAAAUGGAAAAAAUGUUGCAGAAGACAAGCCUGAAGAUGUACCAAUAAGUGUUUCUGGUGAUCAGGUUAAUAAUGCAGUGAUUCCUCAACCCGAUGUGAAAAAAGGGGAAAGUGCCAAUGACUUGCUCAAUCAACUUGAAAUUCCUAAAGGGGAUGUAAAACCAAAUGAUGCUGAUGAUUAUCAGGGCAAUGAUUUAGAUUCCGAAGAAGGCAAAGAAGGUCUACCAGAUACCCAAGGCAAUGAUGAUGGUGAUGAUCCUGUUUUAUCUGAUUUAGACCUUAAACCUGUACAGGAUGAAAAUAAAAAUACACCCAAGAGAAUUCAAUCAGCAAUUAAUUCAUUCAGUGCAGACAUUUCUCAGAGAGAAUUUUAUCCAAACUCAAUUCCGGAAGACUUCACUGAGGAUGAUGAUCAUUUCUUUCCAUUCUUCUUAACUGCAAUUAUUCUAGUAGUUUUGCUGUAUGUACUAUAUCACAACAAGAAUAAAGUAAGCAAAGUGGUCCUUGGUUUAAUAGUAGAAGGUAGACAACCUGGUCGCCGUCGCAAUAGCCGGGGGCAUGCAUAUCGACGUUUGGACACAUUAGAACAAGCUAUGAGUGGUAAUUUAGCUGCACCUCCUAGCAAAAUUAUAUACUGAACAUUUUUGUAAUAGGACACAAUACAAUGAAAAUUUUCAAGGAGUAUUGGUGAUGUGUUAUUAUACACAAGAUAAAUUUUACAUGCCGGUGCCAUAUGGUAACAUAUAGUUCUUUAAAUUAAAGAAUAUUAAUAUGUAUAUAUAACACUUUGCUUGGUACAAAUUUUAUUAUAAAAUUUCAUUUAUAUCUAAAUCAAUGCAAGUAAAUGUUCAUUCAGUCUUUCAUCUUUUAACAUACCUAAUGUAUUUAAUUUUAAUUAACGUUAAAAUUAAAUACACAUACUGUUUAAUUAGUCGUCAUACUUGUUCAAUUAUAAUACACUAUAAUAAUUUAUUUUAUUCAUGUUAUAAAUUUAUUAUAACAAAUUGAUUAUAGAACUUUACAAAUUGUUGACAAUCAUCAUCAAUACUCCAUGAUAUAGUGACAAUUAAGAAUGUUCAUAUCAAAAUAUGGCAACAUUUGUAUUACCUGUCAAUUUUUAAAAGCAAAUUGUGAUUUUCUAUGUUAUUAAAUGGUUAUUUGAAUUCUGCAAAAAUAAUCAGAACAAAUUGCAUAAUGUAAAUUUAACAAUAAAAAUGUGCUAUGUCAUAUUCUACUUUUUAAAUUUGUAAAUACGUUCAGUCGUCAAAUUCCAAAAUAUUUGUAAUAGUUCAAUAUGACUGUUAUUGUAUAAUAAUCCCCUGACUUUAUUGGCGUGACAGGGACAUGUUUUUUUUUUAUUGAUAGGUGAAAUUUGAAUGGUAACCCCGCCUGUGCUAACGGUAUAUGUUGGCGGGGCACCAAUGAAGGGUGAUCGAUGAAAAUGAAAACAGGCCAGUUAGCCCAUCAUGAUGAAUUUAUCAGGAAUUAACCAUGAUAGUUUCCAAGGGGAACCGCGUGGAGGUCGACCUGGUUAGGUAUAUUGUUAGCAAUGGGAUUCUUAGUCUUCAUUAUUAACAAUCCCUCCCCCCCCCCCCCCAUAGGGACAUAUUUAUACAUUAGUAUAAAUUUCUCCCUCCCAUAUAGUACGUGUAGUCCAAAUUUCUAAGUAACCGUUAAGGCUAAAGUAACACACUUUUACAUUUAUAAUAUUAGUAAAGAUUAUAAAUAAUUAUGUUUGAAUUUUAUCAGGUGUUACAAACGUUGCGACUUUCGGUAUAAACUUUCUUAAUUAUUCGUCACUAAUGUUGAAAUGCCGAUAAUAUUGUUGUGACUCUAAAUACUAACAUAUAGUAUCUAGUGUAUUAUUUCUAUUUCACAUAAACCUACAUAUAUGGUCCAACAUCUAUGUCUUUUAUAUUUAUAUAUAACAUUAUAUAAAUUUAUAAAAGUCUUUGUCAUCUUUAUAUAGAACAUUGGUGCAGGUUGAUUUCAACACAAUCUGUAUGUUAGAAAUAAAAUAUAAUGUCUUUUAUACAAUUCUAUAUUUUUAAAUUAUUUUGUUGUUUAGUUUUUUUUUGACAGAAUUGUUAAGGCUAAUUUAAUUGGACCUAUUAUAUUUUUUUUAUUGUAAAUUGCGAAUUUAAUAUUAUUUAAAAUAUGACUGGAUAAAAUUAUAAUUUAUUGAUACUGUUUUAAGAUAUUUUGUAAAAAAAAAAAAAUGCACUUGAUACAAUGACUGGUUGGUAGAAGAAUGUUAAUGACAUUCAUUAUCACUUAGUAUAUAUCUUCAUACAUUUAUUUAAUGCAGUGAACAAGUACAAUAUUAGAUUGUAAUAGGAUAAUUGUAACAUAACUGUUUGUAUGUACGUAUACAUUAAUAUACUUUCAAUUGUUAUUAUCCUAUAAAACUUUUAUACCUACUUUAACAAAGAUGUUUCGCGCGCGGUUUACUUAAUAAUGAUUUCGUGUCUUACAAUUUAAAUGUCAUUUCGGAUUGUGCUGGUAUCAGAUUAGAAACAUCUUUCCCUUCUCAUGAAAAAUAAAAUUAUCCUCAGGUAUUUUGAAGCGACUAGAAGCGAAUUUUUGAGCGACUACGAUAAAGAGAUUCUCAAAUGUUAAGCAUUGGCAUCGUCAAUAUUUAAUCAAUUUUCGAUUUUUAUUUUGUAAUCGUUAGAAUUUGCUAGUUUUUUGACGAUCGAAGCUAAAAUUUUUUUUCGCCGAUUGAAAAACUGCUUGUUGCUGAGUAAAAUCUAUGUGUUAACACGCUAUAACAGAUUCUAGGGUAAAGUUUAAUUAAUAUUAUUUAAAGGACGAUCCAGCUUGGUCUUAUGUAGUAUUUCAUUAAUUUAUAAAGAAAAAAAUUUGUCGUCUUAAAUUUAGAUCUCAUUGAAGUUACACUUCGUCGUAAUAUAUUGUACGUAAAUUAUUUGUCAUUGAAAUUACAUAUGUGCAAAUAUAUUAAUUUAUGCAUUGUUAUUUGAACAUAACAAUACCGGCUCAAUAUUGUUCUUUAUGGCAGUCUAUGGGGGAGAAGUGAACUGUAUUCAACAAUGGACAAUUAUACCGGGACAUAGGACAUAAAUUAUCGUUAACAUCAUAUUUAUUUUUUGGUUCCGGUUGUGAAAAGAUAGCAAUAUAUUAAGUACAUAAGAUGAUUGUUAAUGUUAUACACGACUGAGUAUCAUGCCAGUUUUAUUUUAGCGUAGUAUUUAAAACCUAUUUUAGUCAUAAAUAUGCUUUCCUGUCAUUAAAAUAAUUAUUCCCUGUAAGGGAUACAUUAACAUAAGAUUUAGUUUAUUUCACUUGGUAUUUAAAAUAAAUCGUAAAAUGUA